AUGGCAGGUUUCGCCCUCCAAUCGAACCCCCCACUGAACCCGGUUUUCCCCCUGACACAUGAACGGCGUUUUCCACCGUAUCACACCUCUAGACGGACACAUACGGACGUCGACGAACAGACCGAGGCAGAGCGAAAGACAGCAAAGGGAGCCCCGAACGUAAUAGCUUUGGGCGGAGCCGCUCGGUUCGGUGGGCGAUUUCCUCGAACGGAAAGGCCUUCCGUGUGUGCACCGCCCGCUCCAGGAACAUAUCCGUCUGCAUACCCAAUGGUUCGUGAUCAUCGAAGAAGUGCAGCCGGCCGUCAGAAGGGUGAGGUGACAUUCCAAGAGUCUCACAACUAA